AUGUAUCUUGUGUCCGCCGUGCUGCGCCGCGCCGCCACGGUGUGUCCGCCGCGCCGCGCCGCGCCGCCACGGUGGGGAGAGGGGAGAGGGGUGUCGGGCACGGCGAGCCAGCACGUGCUGGACGCGGGCGCCCGGGAACGCCGGCCACUAACUGGCAGCUCAGAGAGCCCCGAGCGGGAGGCGCCCAGCCCCGCCGCCUCGGAGGAGGCGGAGCCACCGCCCCCGGGGGCGGCCAGCAAGGCCCGCCGCCGCCGCACCGCCUUCACCAGCGAGCAGCUGCUGGAGCUGGAGCGGGAGUUCCACGCCAAGAAGUACCUGAGCCUGACGGAGCGCUCGCAGAUAGCCGCCGCGCUGAAGCUCAGCGAAGUGCAGGUGAAGAUAUGGUUCCAGAACAGACGUGCCAAGUGGAAGCGGGUGAAGGCUGGCCUGACCUCUUCCGGCUCAGGCGGCCGAGGCUCCGGGCAGGGAGGCUCCGGGCAAGGAGGAUCUGGAGGCACGAAGAUAGUCGUGCCCAUCCCUGUGCACGUGAACCGCUUCGCCGUGCGCAGCCAGCACCAGCAGCUGGAGAAGUGCGGGCCAGGCCUUGUGCACCUCCACGGGCUGCGAACUUCCCUCAGCAGCCACCCUGCCAGCAACUUCACCGACGUCAGUGGCAAGAGCAGCUAA